CUGAAAACAGUGGGACACUGUUUGUCAGCUGUUUCUAUUUACAAUCAAAUUUUUUUGUGCAAAAAAAAAUAUUUUGGGAACAAACAAAAAAUUCUUGAGUGAAAAUUCCAAAUUUUGUGAAUGAAAAUUAUUAAAAGAUUAAAAAUUAACUAAACAAAACAAAUAAAAUGCCGACGUUACUGGAAGCACUCGAAGAAAAAUACGGCUUUGGCGGUUUAACGGAUUGCGACAGCCAAAAAGGAGAACUUGUGUCAAUUUUUGUUCCAAAACUGCCGCCCAGAUUAUCAGUUCCAACGCUGCUCGUCUUGAACGAUUGCAACAUCGACAGUGCCGGCGAGGAAGAACAAAUUAAACAGAAAUGCAAGCUAGUCAAGGAACUGGAUUUGGCGCAAAACAAACUCGAGAACUGGAAUGAGGUUUAUACGAUUCUCGCGCACAUGCCAAGUGUGGAAUUUGUCAAUUUGAGCAUGAACAAGUUGACGGUAACGGCGCCAAUUGAGCCUCCGAUGCCCGUUCAGAUGAAUUCGUUGCGCAGUUUGGUUCUGAAUAACACAAAGUUGGAUUGGUACAGUGUCGAGCAGCUUUUGAGCUUGUUGCCGGUUUUGGAAGAACUUCAUUUGAGCUUGAACGAGUACACGCAUGUCUUGAUCGACACUCAAGACGUUGAUGGAUGCGAAGAUGUUGCGGCAGAAGACUCGCAUGAGGAAGAGGAAGGCGAAAAUUCGCUCGAUUGUAAUUGUCAGCCAGCGGGAAACUAUAAAAGAAGCGACUCGACAAGUUCGAUGUACAAGAAGACAACCGCACACGAAGGCGUCAAAAAGCUCCAUUUAACCGGAAAUUGGUUGGAAGAUUGGUGUGAAAUUGCUCGUGUCGGUCGAAUUUUCCCCAAUUUGGAAGCUCUUGUAUUAGCAGACUGCCCAAUCAAGUCUUUAAUCCCAAACAACUGUGAUAUUGUUAAUGAUAAGGCAACUCCUCACGAGUAUUUUAAAAAACUAGCUUUACUCAACUUAGCGAGCGCUAAAUUAAACACAUGGGAUGAAAUUGAUCGUCUCGCGCAAUUUCCGUCGCUCACAAACUUACGAACUCAAAAUUGGCCUCUUUGGGAAAAAUGUGACUCGACGGAACACGAAAGGCGUCAAUUGCUGAUCGGAAGACUGCCAAAUGUGCAAAUUUUGAAUGGAGGAGGCGUUAUUGGCGUCACGGAACGUGAAGAUGCCGAACGUGCGUUUAUUCGAUAUUAUUUGGAUAAACCUGAGAGUGAUCGUCCUGAAAGAUACGCUGAAUUAGUUGCCAAACACGGGAAAUUGGAUCCUCUUGUAAACAUCGAUUUACGUCCUGAAAAAAGAGUAAAAGUUACGUUUACUUACGGCGAUUCGAGUGAAGAAAGACCUGUGGAUGUUUAUCGAACUGUUUUCGAUUUGAAACACCGCCUCGAACGAAUCGUUGGAAUUCCCGCAUCAAAAAUGCGUUUAUAUUACGUCGAUCAGGAUUAUCGAGACAUUCAAGGCCCCGAAGAGAUGAAAUAUCCCCAAAAGCAGCUCUAUCGUUACAACAUCCGAAGCGGCGACGAAAUUAUCAUCGACGUCAAAAAAUAAAAAUUGCAAAUUUUCUAUUUAAAUAAAAUUAAAUAAAAAUCUUUUAUGUACUGAAUAAUUCGUGCCAAUUAUCGGUCAAUGAUGGUAGUCCUUCCUAAUCCUUAUUUUAAUCAAUUUUAAUUCAAAUUUGUAAAUUAAUUUUGUAAAAAAAAAAAAAAAUAAGAAAGAAGAAAUGUUUGUAGAAUAGAAUUUGGUAGUUCGUAAGGAAUGUAAGAGAAAGUCUUUCAGAGAAAAAAAAUUAGAAUGUUUGUGAUUAUUUUGAGAGUUAUUCAUAUCGAAAAAGAAAAAUAUCAAUCAAUUUAUUUACUAAAUUAACAGUCAGUCUAAAUAAUUUUAAUCGUUUGUCUUAAUCUUAAGGA